UGAUUUUGACGUUGAAUUGAAAUCGAAAUUCAUCAAAUGUAAAAACAGUCGUAGACAAUAGGCUAGCUAGUAGCUGGCUAGCAGGCACAGUGAGUCAGCUUGGUCAAAAAUAGGCAAUGUUAUAGCAUGAGCUCACACAGGAAAGCGGACGGAAGCACAGUGCUCCGUUUCUUUGUGUGUGAGACGAAAUGGGCGAAAUUAACCUAAAUAUCCUGUUAAUUCGUUAAAAUAACCAUAAGCAAUCUGUUCAUAAAGAUUGCCGUAGGCAUAGCAGCAAAUUCCAGGUCAGGGAGUCGGACUUUUUUGCCUGCCAAAUCUGCUUUGUAGGGGGCUGCUCCACGGGACUAACACUCACCGCAAUCUACACAUAAAGAUUGCAUUAGCUUGAGGAUUUGUGGACAAUACUGUAUGUUGAAAAUGUUGACAAAGAUAGCGCAGGGACUUCCUGAAAGCCCUCGCCAUGUACUCGGCAAUCUGUGGAUAAAGAUUGCAGGAUGACUCGGGCGAUGUGGUCUUUUGAAGCACAAACAGUCGGGAUUGGCAAAAUGUGAUGGACUAGUUGUGGUUUGCUUCUCGGACAGCUAGCAUUGUGCAUUGUUCGGCCAGCACCGCUCUCAUCGAAGCGACGUUUGGGAUUUGGUGUUUUUUUUCCUCCUUUGUUUUUGUUUUUUUCUAAUACUUUAUUGCAUACCAACUAUAUACGGAUGCCCAUCGCGUUUUCUGACUGCCGUGCGCAUAGGGCUAUCUAGAGAGACGUGGCGCUAAUUCCCUUGUCUUCUUUUUUUUUUAUCAAUGUGUGGUGUUUGCCGUAGAAGCCAUUGCUGUUUUCGAGGGCUUGGUCUGCCGUCGUCGAAGUGGUUAACGGGGGAGGGAUCUGAUUAGCAGUCAGAAUCCACCUCCCUCCCUUUGUCGGGGAAGCUUUAGCCGCAGGAGCAGGCUGUACACAGCUAUGACAGAUGGCAGGUUAAACGCAAGCCUUUUAUAGCCAGCUUGAAUAGCCCUUAUAUAACCGAGGGCGUAUUUAACUGUUAGAUGAUCCGAGAGUUACACAGUAGAUGUAUUUGUAGUAGUGCGCUUAAUUGCGCAACUGCUUUAAAAAUACAUUAUUGUUUUGCAGGAUCUAGGCUUAUUUUAUAAGAUCAGUCAGCAUUGUUUUUUAUUUUAUUUUUUUUACAGUGACUAUCUGACUACAGUGGGACUGUGUACAUGUCACCUUCUCUCUCUAACCCCCCCCCCCCCCCCCAACUGAACCAGGGUUCAUGUUUAAUUAAUUAACACUGACUUUGUGUGACAAUUGUGACAUUUACAGGGAUUGUGUUAUUUGCAGUGUUGUGGAGGUCUGAGACUAUAUAAAACUUCUACUACAACGGUUACACGGAUAUGGCAGCUGGACCAGUGGACCCCAGACAGAUUUUAAAAGGUGUGGAAGCUCUGUUGGGCAAGGAUGGAGAACUCCGCAGCCUGGAGGGAGUCCCAAAGGUGUUUAGCCUGAUGAAAGCUUCUACCAAGAUGGUCAGUAGAUGUAUGUACCUCAACAUCCUGCUCCAGACGAAAUCACAUGAUGUUCUUAACCGGUUUAUCAGAGUUGGAGGAUACAGGCUGCUCAACUCCUGGCUCAUCUACUCUAAAACCACCAACAACUCCCCUCUGCUGCAGCUCAUCCUCCUCACACUGCAGAAGCUGCCUCUCAAAGUGGACCACCUCAAACAGAACAACACAGCUAAGCUGGUGAAGCAGCUAAAGAAAGGUGGAGAUACCGAAGAUCUUAGGAAGUUGGCAUCCGUGCUCAUGGAUGGCUGGAUGGCUAUAAUCCGCUCUCAGAGUGUCUCGGCCAGUGGCAACUCUCCUGCUGAUAAGAAAAAGAAGAAAGAGGAGACCAAGAUGCCGGUGCGGGACGUGAAGGAUGUGAAGGACCAGAAGAGUGUAGAGGAGGACAAGAAGAAGGAGAAACCUAAAGCCCACGCACCCAGUCACACAAAGAUUCGCUCCAUAGGACUGGAGAUCGACACACCAAACCCUGCCCCUGCUAAGAAGGUGCCUGUAGCGCCACCACUGGGUGACAAGUACAACAUCAAGCCUCCGCUCCUAAAGAGGCACAGCAGUGCUGGCCCAGCAGAUAAUCCACCGCUGGAGAAAAAAUACAAACCACUCAACAUGCCGUCAAACUCUGCCAAAGAAAUUAAAGUCAAGAUCAUUCCAGCACAACCAAUGGAGGCCACUGGUUUCCUAGAUGCACUGAACUCUGCCCCAGUUCCAGGGAUUAAGAUUAAGAAGAAGAAAUCCAGCGCUGGUGCUCCAACAAGCACCAAGGCCGUGUCCCCCACAUCCAACAAGGCGAAUCCCUUUGAAGGCAAACCAUCCGCAUAUUCUUCAUCGACCUUGAAGCCGUCAUCUCCAGACGCUGCCGCCUCCAGCACUCCCACUGACGAAAACCACGAGCCAGAGCAGCCCGGGACCCCAGUUCCCUCUGAGGACCCCGAGGCGUCUGACAACAGUGAGAAACCCAACGCUCUGGCAGAACCGCGUGGCGAAGAGGAAAGCUUGACCAAGAAGGGCAAGAAGAAGAAGACGGUUCACUGGGCCGAGGAGGAGCAGCUCAAACACUACUUCUACUUUGAUCUGGAUGAGACGGAGAGAGUUAACGUAAACAAGAUCAAGGACUUUGGUGAGGCCGCGAAACGAGAGCUGAUGAUGGACAGGCAGACGUUUGAGAUGUCCCGUCGGCUCUCCCACGACACCAUGGAGGAGAGGGUUCCCUGGACGCCGCCUCGACCCCUGACGCUGCCCGGCAGCCUGGUCUCGCACGGCGCCAACAGCACAGAGAAGUUCACACAGAGGGAUCGCGAGAUGGGCAUCCUGCAGGAGAUCUUCCUCAGCAAAGAGAGUGUGCCCGAUGCGCCGCAUGAACCAGACCCAGAGCCGUAUGAGCCCAUGCCUCCUCGUCUCAUUCCUCUGGAUGAGGACUCGUCCAUGCAGGAUGACAGCUAUGCCGAGCCCAUGGACACCACGCCGCAGCCGGGCUCCGCCUUGGCUCCAAACGAGAGCUCCAAGCUUCCGCCGGUCCUCGCUAACCUCAUGGGGAACCUGAGCAACAGCUCGCGCAGCCCACAGUCCUCCAACAACGUCAGCACCCCCAUACCUCCCUCUGUCAACGUACAGGAGCUGCUCUCAUCCAUCAUGGGUGCUUCUGGUAACCAGUCGACUGAAGACCUGAUCAAGCAGCCUGACUUCUCGGACAAGAUUAAACAGCUGCUCGGCUCCCUGCAGCAGACCCAGAACCAGAACCAGGGUGGACCUCCACCAGUCAACCCAGGUUUACUGGGUCACGGUCCAGGCAUGAACAACAUGAACAACAUGAACAACAUGAACAUGCACAUGCAGAUGCCAAUGAACGGCGGCUACCCGCCCAACAACCCGCCCGGCGGCCCCCGCUUCAACCACCCGCCGCCACCACACAACCACGGCCCGCCGUUCAACGCCGGCGGAGGCCCCCGCAUGAUGGGGCCACCUCCGGGCCAGGGCCGGGGAGACAACGGCAACUACUGGGGAGACGACUCCAUGAGAGGAGGCCCCCACAGAGGGGGCCACUUCCACCGGGGAGGCCGUGGCAGAGGAGGAGAGCCUGGCUUCAGGGGGCGAGGACGGGGAGGACCCAGAGGAGGACACAACAACAUGAACGACAUGUCCAAGAGGCCCGUGUGCCGUCACUUCAUGAUGAAGGGAAGCUGCCGGUACGAGAACAACUGCGCCUUCUACCACCCCGGCGUGAACGGACCGCCGCUGCCACCGAACCACCCGGCCCACAACCAACACAACCAGCACCCACAGCACGGACACUAGGUGGCGCUGCCGCCGUUUGGAUCAAGUCUGCCAACUGCUGACCUCUUCGAGGAGCCGCUCUCUCUGAUCAAAGACCACUGCAGGACGUCAAGUUCAGGACACAAGCGUGGACGGCGUAGGGUGUGUGUGUGUGUGUGUGUGUGUGAGUGAAGUCCUGCAGAAGUCACUGUGGAGCUUAUGCCUGUCAGGUGAUCACUAAUGGAACUGCGUUUUUCCUUUUUUUUCUUUUUUAAAUUAUUAUUGAUCAUUUCUAACAGAGACUGUAAACUAAGCCUCCACACUGACCCACGCCUGUGGCUCGCUGCCUGUGUGCUCAGUCACUUUCCAAACCACUAAGUCGGUUGACCAAAAUGGAAGUCUCCUUCUCAGCAGAAAGCUAAUUUCCCCCCCCAUGUGAAUACAUUUCUUUUGGCGUUGUGGCUUUUGUACUGUGUACCUACAACGUGAUGUUGCUUUCAUCUGCCCCUCUUUUCUUUUUUGUUUUUUUGGAUUGGCCAGGUUUGAGUCAGAAGAAGAAGAAGAGUCAUAAAUGUUCUCCAUUUUUUACACAAAAAAAGCACUUUAUGAAGACAAAGGCCAAUAGAGUUAUGAUUUAUUAAUAUAAGAGACUGAAAAAGAACUACCUGGUAUCAAACAGCUUUAUUCCCCUCCUGAAAAAGUUAAAAUGAUGAGCUGAUGAUAAAAAUGGUCCUGCGUAUUUUUCUUUUUUGUUUCUUCCUUUUUUCCUCAAAGCAGCUGUUGUUGGUUGUGAAGAGAAGCAACAGUGAUGUGCGUGUUGUGUGUACGCUUCCCCCACGCGUGCGCUCUGACUCGGUGACUUAGCUGUGUGUCUGUGUCUCUGUGUGUGUGUGUGUGUGUGGUGCAACAAUCAUGCUCCAUCACACACUGGUCCUGUCAGAAGAGUUCCCACAGCUGCUGCCUGUAUCUUCUGCGCUCCCUCCUGAACCCACGCAGGGGGUUUACUGUCAGUGUUACGAGUGGAAUGAGGGAGGUCAGCCAAUUUUGAAUGUUUUCUGUGAAAACAAUGACCGUUGUGUCUCUUGUGGGACUGUAAGAAUGUCAAUUUUUUUUUUUGCUCUCUUUCACCUCCUGUAUUUUUUAAAAUCAUAUUUUCAGUUGAAUUUUUUUGUACACAGUGUAUUAAAUAAAUGCCCAAAUACAAA